GAAACGAAUCGAGAGCUUCCUUUUCGUCCAAUGUUUUUCUUGUAACCUCAAAUCCCCACGAAGCCCUUUCCCCGCUUCCAGGAUUCAACGAUGAACUCGUGAAGCUAGACACAGUGAUAAGACCUAAGACUCAGAUCCUGACGAACCCCCCUCUCCCCCCACCUUGAAUCACACCAUCAGUCAUGUCGACAACGGGGCUAAAACUGGGCUCCCUUGCAAUCCGUACGCUAGCGAAGCCUAUAGCAGUGGGUAACCCUUAUCCAUCCAUCUCUCAUCACCUCGCCCCUUUCAUCCUCGCCAUAGGAGGCAAGAGAGAAAUUAACACAAUAUCUCUCAGAGUCGGAUAAGAGCCCAAGCUCGCGACCACCCCCGCUUCCGACGUCUGUGCAUAAAUAUAGCGCAGCAAAUCCAUCGCAUUGACAUGCGCCUCCGCCUCGGCAUCCUUCGGGACUCGGCCGCCAUCGAGAAGGCCGACCAGGCGGAACGCGAAUGGUACAAGAAAGAAGCCGCCAAGCGACUAAAGGAGCGAGAGGCAAAACACCCCGCCGCUACAUCGGCUGCAUCCUCAAACCUCCCGCUGCCCCCGCGCUCGGUCCUGCAUCAUUUCACGAGCGGUGAGGCUGCUGCUGCCAGGGCGGGGAAAGAAGUAUCCAAGAAACCGCCCAGGAUUAGACCGCUCAGUGAGAACAAGGCGAUUGAGAACGGGGCAAAUUUCAUCAGCGAGUUUUUCUUAUUUAGCGUUGCUGGGGGUUUGAUCCUGUUCGAGCAGAUUCGGUCCAGGAGGAAGGAGGCGAGUCGGAGGGAUAUGGUCACCGAUCGGCUGGAGGAGCUUGAGGAGAGGAACCUAAUAGACGAGGACAGGUUGGAGAGGCUCGAGGAGCGGACGAGAGAGGGCGAAGAUAAGGUACUAAGGCUCGAGGAGGAGAAUUGGAGGUUGAAGGGCGGAAAGGGGGAAUUUCCCGGGAGAAAAAUUAGUCAAGAUAAAAGGGUUGCGGAAGAGAAAAUUUUGGCCGAGAGGUCUGUCCCCGUCAGAACCGUCAAAGAGAAGGGAUCCUGGUCCUGGAUUUGGGGACCCGAAAGAGAAAAGGUAGAGGAUCCCAGAGAAGCUCCAGGCAAUGCUCUGGAAACAACCACGAGGCAGGCCUCUGCGAAAGAUGCUACUAAUGGCGUGUUGGAUGAAAAACCUAAAGUACUCUUUCUCUCCCAAAUAAUCUCAACAGACCUCACCAAAAAUUAGAACAAGAGAAAAAAGCAUAUAUAUCGCCCCUCCAUCCUUAUGUCCGCUAACGCUACUCGCUAUAAGUUUUCCUAAUUACUUGUUAAACGUAUCAAAUACUGUACAUAAAGAGGGAAACUGCAUAAAGUAAUCUUCUCACGAGGGAACCUGCCCCACCUACGAAACAUCAUGCAGUAGGUGGUGAUGGUUCUAAAGGCUAUCUAUAUAACAGCC